CUCUCAUCGCUGCGCUGCACAACAACAGUCCCGAGAUACUUCUGUGCCUCUGCCUCCCUCCAUCUCCUUCUCACUCCUUUCUCUCUCUCUCUCUCCUCACGUGCCCUCUCUCCUCCCCUCCACCCCCUCCAGCCCUCCUCCUCUCAUCCAUUAGCAAGAAGAACAGAUCGCUGACAGACGAGAAGAGACGAGACAGCCGAGCAGGACAGAGCUACCUAACAGAGAGAGAACAAGAGGACAAAAGAAGAGGACAGAAGAAGAGAGGAUGGACGCUCUGAAGAAGGGAUUCUCCAUGGCCAAGGAGGGAGUGGUGGCCGCCGCCGAGAAGACCAAAGCCGGGGUGGGGGAGGCCGCCAACAAGACCAAGGAGGGGGUCAUGUUCGUAGGUAAUAAGACGAUGGAGGGCGUGGUGACCAGCGUGAACACAGUGGCGCAGAAAACCAACGAGCAGGCGAACAUCGUGGCGGACACCGCUGUCUCCGGAGCCAAUGAGGUGGCCCAGGCCACCGUGGAGGGCGUGGAGAACGCGGCGGCUGCCAGUGGAUUGAUCAGCACAGAGGAGGCGGGACCAGCGGCUGAGGAGAGUGGCCGAGGAGACCAGACGGAGCAGGAGGCGCAGGAGGCGCAGUAGGUGAGCAGGCAGCGGCUGGCGCCUCAACCUCAGUGGAACGGUGAUGUCAUCACCAACAGGUGUCCUUACCUGCAAGCCCCGCCCACCAAGGUCACCCUCUGUCAAUCAACUGCCUGACCCCGCCCCCAGGAAACACCUGAAGCCUUUAAAGUGCAUGUAGCUGAUACACAUGUAACACACUAACACACACACACACACACACACAUGUUUUGACACACAUGCACACAAAUACAUACAUGCAUUGGCAUACACACAGAGACACAUAUAUUGUAACAGACAGACA